CUGUCAAUUGUCAAAAGUCAAUUUGUAAAAGUAGAGUGGGGGUCCAAGUGGUUGAAUUGUGUUGUGGAUUUUUUCCAAAAUUUUGUUUUUCUUAUAUUCAAUGUUUUACUUAUAAAAUAGAAAAAUGUUAGUCCUUUUUGAAACUCCUGCUGGUUACGCUAUAUUCAAGCUUUUAGAUGAGAAGAAACUCAAGGAAACCGAUAAUUUAUACCAUGCCUUUGAAACGCCUGAAAAUGCUGGAAGAGUUGUGAAACUUAAACAUUUUGAAAAAUUUGGUGAUACUACUGAGGCUCUAGCUGCUACCACAGCUGCUGUUGAAGGUAAACUUUCCAAGAGCCUAAAGAAGGUUUUAAAGAAGUAUGUUGAUAAGGAUCUUCAAGAGCAACUAUUAGUGGCUGAUGCUAAGUUGGGAUCUGCAAUUAAGGAUAAAUUCAGUUUACAAUGUCUUUCGAACAGUGCAGUCCAAGAGUUGAUGAGAUGUAUACGUUCACAGUUAGACAGUUUACUGUCAGGUUUGCCAAAAAAAGAAAUGACUGCUAUGGCAUUGGGUUUAGCCCAUUCAUUAUCUAGGUAUAAAUUGAAAUUUUCUCCAGAUAAAGUAGAUACUAUGAUUGUACAAGCAGUGUCUUUAUUAGAUGAUUUAGACAAAGAAUUAAACAACUAUAUUAUGAGGUGUAGGGAGUGGUAUGGUUGGCAUUUUCCAGAACUUGGCAAGAUAAUAACUGAUAACGUAGCUUUUGCAAAAACUGUUAAAAUUAUUGGUACUAGAGAAAAUACAGCAACCUCAGAUUUGUCAGAUAUUUUACCUGAAGAAGUAGAAGAAAAAGUUAAAGAAGCAGCAGAAAUUUCAAUGGGUACGGAAAUUUCAGAGGAAGAUAUAUUUAAUAUUCAAAAUUUAUGUGACCAGAUCCUAGAUUUAUCAAAUUAUAGGGCCCAGCUCUAUGAUUAUUUGAAAGCUAGAAUGAUGGCAAUUGCACCUAAUCUUACUGUUCUAGUAGGAGAAUUGGUGGGAGCCCGACUUAUAUCCCAUGCUGGUUCUCUUAUUAAUUUAGCCAAACAUCCUGCUUCCACUGUACAGAUUCUUGGAGCUGAGAAAGCUCUAUUUAGAGCACUAAAAACUAAGAAAGAUACUCCUAAAUAUGGUCUCAUAUACCAUACACAGUUGGUAGGUCAGUCUAGUACUAAGAAUAAGGGUAAGAUGUCCAGAAUGCUGGCUGCUAAAGCUUCUCUUGCUACUCGUGUAGAUGCUCUUGGUGAAGAUGGAACAUUUACUUUGGGAGCUGAACAUAAGGCUAAACUUGAAUCCAGGCUAAGGAUCCUUGAGGAAGGAAACAUUAGAAGAAUAAGUGGUACAGGCAAAGCAAAAGCCAAGUUUGAGAAGUACCAUGGUAUCAGUGAAAUACAACAAUAUCCUGAUGCAGCAGAUUCUACAUUACCAACUGUUGGUAAAAGGAAGAGAUCAGAAUCGGAGGGAUUUGGUCUCGAUGAUGCAUCUACUCCAGGUUCAUCAAAGAAAGCAAAGAAGAUUAAGAGUGAAGUAGAAGCAGAGCCUGAGGAAGCGGAAGAAACUCCCAAAAAGAAGAAAAAGAAGGCAAAACAGGAAAAAGUGGAUGAAAGUGUUAAAGAGGAAAUUGAGGAAGAGGUAGCAGAUGAAUCCAUAAGUAAAAAGAAGAAAAAAAAAGUAAAACAAGAAGAACAACAAGAAGAAGCAGUAAAUGAUGAAGCGCCAACUUCAGAGAAAAAGAAAAAGAAGAAGAAAAAGAAGCAGUCAGAAAGCGAAUAACUUUACAAAUUGUUUUACAAAUACAUACCUGUAAUAAAUUUACAAAUUAUUUUAUGUUUGUAAAUAUGGUAUAAAAGUCAAAACUGCCUAGCAUUCAAGUUUUUUAAUAAUAAUAGAAUUACAAACUUAGCCUUCGUUUACAACACCUACACUGAGUAAAAAACUGUUCCACAAGCAAGUCUUCUGUCAUUGAACAGUAAGAUAAACCUGUAGAAUAUAUCAGUGUUUCAGAAAAAUAUGUAGAAAAUGUUUUAUGCGUUUUACAUAACUCAGUUCAUGAUAACGUUAUAAUACUUUUUAAAUUCAUAAAAAUGCUUGUAUCAUCUAAAUCUAAUGCUUACUUCAGAUUUUCUAUGGAUUUUAGGUACAAGUCGUACAUUGAAAUCAGUGAUGUAUUGUUUUCUGGAAUUAUUUUUUCCUUGUCUUAAGUCUGCAGCUGCGGCUGCUAUCAAAGGUAAUAUAUCAGCUGUCAGAGUUGUUUUCCAGAAGGUGGCUAAUCCCAAAUUAUAUCAUCACGAAAUAGCAGCUGUGAAAAGUUCAUUGUUCAUUUUGAACAAAAUAAUUAACCAAUUUUAUAAAUUGGAACUGGACUAAUACAAUGUUCAUCUCUGUUGGAGAACAUGAAUACUUCAUGACUCAACUACAUUUAAAAAGGUUUUCUUGCGGCAUGAUUAACUCAGAAUUGUUUUAUAUGGGAUUAAACCACAAUUGUAUGAGAAUUACACGUUUUCUUUGACAUUUUGAUUUCCAGUCCGGAAAUCGUUUUCAAAAAAUCAUUAAUGAUCACCCGUAAAUACUUAUAAUUGACGGUGGGUGGUGAUACUAUUUGACGGUUAUUUAUUUGGCCUCGAUCUUAAAGGCGUUAACCAUGUUUUGAUGUGGAAUUUUGAGAGAUGUUUUUGUACGCUCAGAUUAAUUUCAAAUUCUGAUCAUUCUUUGGUAAACCAUGCUAUUUUAUUUGGUGAACAUAAAAUGGUGAGUUAAUUUUAAUUGUGUUUUUCAUUUCCAUCACAGUUUGCAACAGUUACUUCAUAUUUAGUGUUUUUUUGGUUUUGUAAGGUUUGCUUGCUGGUUACUAUGUGAUAUCGUGCCUAUUUAGCUGGAUAUAUAAAUAUAGCACUUUUUUUGAAUAGCUAAAAUCGUUUAAUGAAGACUCUUCGUGUUGGCAGCGUUCAAUGCCAUUUUAGUGUUUUGUCGAAAUAAUAAUUCAACUUUUAUUCAUAUUUCCAGUACCACUUCCACGUCGUAUUAUAUAUAGCAAACUUUUGAAGCUGUCUAAAUGUUCCUCUUGUGAUUAGAUCUGUUGUAAGUACUUAACUUGAUUUUAACCUUGUUUUUGAUCAGGAUUUAUUAGACCACUUUAGAAGAAUUUUCUUUGGAAAUCAUAUAAAGCCUUCAACAUUCAAUAUAGCCUUCACAUACAUUUUUUAUUUCUUGUUUUGUAAUCCUUUUAUCACUAGACUUUGAUGAAAUUUGUAUUUGGUUAAAUUUUUUGAUUCUUAGUUCUUUCUGUUUUUUUAAACCGUAUAUACUGUAAACCUCGAAGCAAUUUUGAGGGUGUUUUUCAAACAAAUAGGAAUUUUAACGUUCUUAUCUUAAAAGUUCAAUAUGUUUAUAAAUAUGUAAUAGUUUACAUACAAUUAAUGAUAAAACGCUAUAUAUUUCUUUUAGAAUACUUUUGUUAUAAUUGUUUUUAAUAAAUAGGAUUUAGACUUG